GCUCCAGUCUUGCUUUCUCUUCCCUUUCAACUCACACGGCCAUUUGAACGAUCCCCUCCGUCGUUUUGGUCCAUCUGUCCAGCCAGAAUGUCUGACGCCGCCAAGCAAUACGUGCCCGAGUCUGUGCUCAAGAAGCGCAAGACCACUGAGAAGGUCGCCGCCGAGCGUGCGGUUGCUGAGGCUGAACGCCGUAAGGCUGCUGCCGCCAAGCGCAAGGUCAUUUUCAAGCGCGCUGAGCAGUACGUCAAGGAGUACCGUGCCAAGGAGCGCGAUGAAGUCCGCCUUAAGCGUCAGGCUAAGGCUCACGGUAACUUCUACGUCCCCGCUGAGGCUCCCCUUGCCUUCGUGAUCCGUAUUAAGGGUAUCAUGAAGAUCCCCCCCAAGCCCCGGAAGAUCCUUCAGCUCCUCCGUCUCACCAGCAUCAACUCUGGUACCUUCGUGCGUCUCACCAAGGCCACCCUUCAGAUGCUCCAGUGGGUUGGUCCCUACGUUGCAUGGGGUUACCCCAACCUCAAAUCCGUCCGUGAGCUCGUCUACAAGCGCGGUUUCGCCAAGGUUGACAAACAGCGAUUGCCUAUCACCGACAACGCCGUCAUUGAGAAGGCUCUUGGCCAGUUUGGCAUCAUUUGCGUUGAGGACUUGAUCCACGAAAUUGUUACCGUUGGACCCAACUUCAAGCAGGCCAACGCCUUCUUGUGGCCUUUCCACCUCUCCAACCCCACUGGUGGCUACAAGGGAAAGAAGGCCACCCACUUCAUUGAGGGUGGUGAGUCCGGAAACCGUGAGGACAAGAUCAACGCUCUUAUCCAGAAGAUGCUUUAAGCUGUCCAUACAUAGCAAGGGGAUCGGAGCGUAUCUAGCUGACUGUAAAGUAGACUUCGCUGUGUACUUUGAAUGGCUCAAAAUUGAAUGAAUGUUCAAUACGAAAGGAUA